AAAUGAUUUUUAAAAAAAAUAAAAUUUCAGAUCUAAAUUUAUAAUUGAAAAAAAAUUUUGUUGAAUAAUCUAUGACUGAACUAUGAAUGAUCUUUUUGUUUGAAACAUCCAUUAUUUUAAGUCAAUUGUAAAUGAACAUCCUAUGUAAUUUCAACAACAUAGUUGUCAUUGUGUGAACCGUAAAUCUUUGAAAUUUCGAAUGUAUACAGAGAGAAAUACUAGAUCUGUAUUAAGUAAAACUUUAUUAAUAUUAAUAUGGUUGCAUGAACAAGAUCAAAUUGUAUUUGGUUUUAAUGGAUAUAUAAAUUAUGAUAUAUUAGGAAUUAAAAAUGAUGAAAUUAUAAAAUCACCCAUGAUAUGUGUAAAUCAAAAUGUUUUUGGUUGUGAAAGAAAUUCUAAAUUAAGAUUUAAUGAUUCUGUAUUAUUACAAAGUAAUAAAUCUAAUCAUGAUUGUGACUUAUUUAGUGUGGAUAUGAAUCAGGAUUUAUCAAAUGGAGUAAAAGAAUGUAUUGAUAUAUUUAUUAAUAUGAAUACUACCGGGAACACCAAACAGUAUCAAAUUAAGCUAAAAAAUCAAGAAGCAGUGAAGCUGUUAGUGUCGAAAAAUGUGAUUUUUGAAAAUCUACUUACAGUCAGUGAUAUUUUCCACACAAGUUUAAUAAAUGAAACUGCUUCCGUUUUAAAAUUUCAUUCAAUAAGAAAUUCUGGAAUUCACAUAGAUAUUGAAUUAUCUGAACUAAAUCUUUAUCCAAUAUAUGAAGAUGUUAAUUACGAUGGAGUGAAUGAUGUUAUUUUAAAUGCUUUACCAGGAACCUAUGCAUUUCGAUUGAAACAACCAUUAUUGGAGAUUGCUAACCAAUUUUGCAGAUAUCCAUUACCAAGUCGAUACUUAUUAUCACUAAAAGCAUUUCGUAGAAGACAAACAUACGGCUACAAACGAUCUUGUAGAGAACCGACACAAACGAGUAUGGGUCUCUGCCAGACAGAUGAAAAUAUAAACUACCAUGGAGAUGAAAGACAGAAAACGUAUUUUUACGAAAGAUCUCUUAAUGAUCAAUGUGGACGCAAUCUAGCAGCGAUUCUUUCAGAUGAACCAAAUGCAUUCUAUUGUACACGUGAUACACCUUUGAUCAAUGAAUUAUUUGGAGAGUAUGUCAAUGAACAAAUUGUUCAGUCACAUACAAGUUCAUGUGAUACAUAUGAAAAAUUGUGCGCAAAAUGCUUAAAUCGUAUGACAGAAAAUUCAAAAUGCAAUUCAAAAUAUAUGAAUAUGAAUGAAUUUUCAGAAAUAAGUGUUAAUCAUGAUGAAGGUGAAAGAAAUGUAACCGAUGCACAAUGUUGUGGUAUACCUUGUUAUAAUACACCUGUAUGUUUAUCUUACUACAGUUUAAUGUGUCAAUCAAAUAAAACGAAAAGCAACACAUUGGAAGAUAAAAUUUGUAUGGAUGGCAAUACAUUUCAAUUAUCAAUAACACCGGAAUUCGAAUUUCAUAAUGGCACAUUUAUGUGUCAUUUAAAACAAGCCAAUUAUUCACGUGAAUUUCGAUUGAACUUUUCAUUAAAUUUAUCCGAACUUAUUAAACAAAAGCUUUCUGACAAUUAUGUGAACACUCGUACGUCACUUUCGGUUGAAAGUCAACACAAUUUCGGUACUUAUGGAAAAUACAAGCUAAAUAUCAACGCACUCGAUGUUGAAGUUUUAGUUGACGAACCCAAUAAAAACGUAUUCCAUAGUUUCAAAGAGGCUAUACUAUUGGGCCGAAAGGUGAAAAAAUUGAAUGCCUAUGAAUUUUUUGUACAUAAGCCUCCAUCAACAACUGGGAUUAAAAGCAUUCAGUCAUCUGUUGAACAUGUCCUACAUACAGAUUCAGCAUUUACAACGAUACAAAGUAAUAAACCACAUGCAUUUAGUUCUAUAAAUUGGAAGCACAAAGGCUGUGAUUUAGAUAUUUUUCAAAAUAUCAAGGUAACGAAAGCAUUGUCUGAGUUCCUUUUGAAAGGUUAUCCAGUUGACAUUUAUCCAGCAUCAAAUGUCAAAACAAAUACACCACGUUCAAUGUCAGGUAAAGAAGACAAUGUUUAUUCGAAUAUACUGCACAGAUUUCGAUUAAACGAUAAACAUGCAACUUUACCAAGAGCAAACAUUAAAUUGUCAGGUAAUCAUUCAGUAUUACGAUCAGUAUUUUGUAACAAUAAAAACUUCCCAACUAACUUCAACUUACAUACAAUUACGGAGGGAAAAUCAAUAGGACAAUAUCGAAUUAUACGUAAAGUAGUAGAAGCAUCAGUGAAAUUCGUAACUAAUUCAUUAGGUCAAGAAAUACUUCAUAUUCUUGUGACAGGUUACGUGACAGGAACGCCAGCGUACAUCAAUUUCAAACUCAUUUGGCCUGCAAACUCAUUGAUUCUAAGUAAUCAUGAUGUUGUUGUACUGAACUCACAAACAAAAGAUUACUUCAAACCAAAUCAAAAAAUAGAAUCAUUUCAGUUAACUUAUCAGAUAGAUAUUAAUUCAAUCAACGAGAUUCCAUUUGAAACAUUAUUUUCGUCAUCGUUCCAGCCGACAUUAAUUUUUGAUCUAAUUAUCCAAGAGUGUGAUGCCAGUAUUGGAUUAAGAAUAUACAGUCCACUUUUCAGACGUCAAAAUAAAGACAAAAUGCUUCAGGGUAGUGUUGUUAAAGGAUCAAUGGUUAGCAUACAUUCAAACAAGAGCACAGUGGAAGAAUCAUCACACUGGGUUAUGUUCAGUCCUUUAUUAUUUAUUACGAUUGGAAUUAGUUUGCUUUAUUUUUUAGUACUGAUUAUAUUUGUAUAUAUAAAACAUUGUAUCAUAUCAAACAAAGGAUAUCCGAUUUCGGUUGAAUAUCAGAAACAAAUUAGUAAUAAUCAUUAUGGUAAUGACCUACAGUACCAUCAAUUACUACUUCAUCCAUUUCCUAUCAAGCUGAAUAAUCGUACUUUGUAUUACACAACAUCAAGAAAAGGUGAAGAUUACAUUCAAACAUUUCCUCCAACUAGACAAACCUUAUAUCACCCCACCGUCGUUGUGAAACAUCCCUAUCAUCACUAUGGUAACGAAUCACAGAGCUCUUACCGAAAAUUCUCAUCGAAUUCUACUUGGCUCAAUCAUAAUACAUGGAAUACGAAUAACUCACAAAUAAAACGAAUAUUUUUAUUUACACAUCUUGCAUUCCGUGUCUUUUAUACCUUUCUAUUUACAUUCAGUGUUGCUGUCUCCUUAAUAUUUAGUUUACAACCUUCAGGUAGGAUUUCAACAUUUGAUAAUAUUUUACAAUGGCCAAAAAUAAAUCGAGAGUCAAUAGAGUUCAAUUCACUUCACAGUAGUAUGCACAGGCCAUCACCAAUAUCAGUUUUAACAACAUCAUCCUUGCCAAUUCAUGAAACAGAAUUGGAUCAGAUUCAUUUAGUUGGUCCAAUUUUAAGGCUUCAAGCUGAAGUCCAUUGGAUAGAAGAAUUUACUGAACAAGAAUUAAAAAGACAACUUGACUAUGUUGAACGUAUGAAAUUAGCUUGUCAGCACGCUAUGACAGUUGAAUUGACAGAUGCUCUCAGAGAAGGUAGGCAUUUGGUAAAUACCAGGCUUGAAAAAUGGCAAUUUAAUAGUACAUCACAAAAUACUGAUACUUUAAACGACAACACAUUACGUUCUGUCAACGAAUUAGCAAAUAUUCAUUUCAACAGACAACGUACAUUAUUUGAUCAUUUAUAUGAACAAAUGAGUCAAAAGUUAGAUUUCCGUGAUUCUGAACCUUAUAAGAUCUAUGCAAAUAUGCUAAAUUCCGUUUUUCAUUCUGGUUGGCUUCAAUAUGUUAAACGUAUGUUGAACACUUCAGAUAACUUAGAAAGAAAUCCUAGACACUUUUCAAAUCACAAAAUACAUACAGAAACGAAGCUUAACUUUCAUGACAGUAUGAGAAGAUAUUAUGAAUUCGGUCAACAAAGAUCCGGUAUCAAAGCAUCAUAUGUAGCUUUAAUGAAUUAUAUGAAUUUUUACCAAGCUGAUGCUGUUCACCUGUUACCAUUACAGCUGAUUGAAAAUCUUAAGAAAGUAUUCACUUCUCCGAACCAUUAUCGUUCACUGUUUCAUUUAUCCCCAGAAAUAUCUAGUCAUUCCAUGAAUUCUGAGGCUAAUUUUAAAACAAAUCAUCAAAUAAAUAGUUUUAAAACUUUACAAAUUCAAAAAACACAACAAGAACGUGUAUUUCUAACAACAAAUGAUUUGGAAGAAUAUACCGAUGGCACAAUUAGUUUAGUGAGUGAUAAAUUUACACAGGACAUUUUCAACGAACAAAAUACAUUUAUUUCAGAAAAUUUUAUUCAAUAUAUUAAACACAAUACCCAACAAAGUGUUCAAAGUCAUUUGAACUAUCCAAACAAACAUCCAAUGUUACCAGUGAUGACUUUAACACAUAUUCGUUUAAGUUUACUAAUUUUAGACUGUUUCAUUAUUGCUUAUAGAUUUUUCCAUACAUAUGAAAUCUUGAAAGCUUUUUGGACAGGUCAAACUUUGUUUGUCGAUGCAUCAAGUUGGUUAGAGAGACAAACACACACCACUUUAGAUAAUGAAAGAGACAAUGGAAACUUUCAUGAAGCAAACAAAACAAUGAAUGAACCGUUUGAUAGUCAUUCAUGUAGAAAAUAUGCAGGAAAAGAAAAAUGUCUGCAAUCAAAUUUGCCUGAUUUUAAUGAAACACCGAAUAAACGCUUUUCAAGAACAGCAUUAUUUCAGUGUCUCCCACAACAUCAAAAUCUAUAUGAAUGUCGACAUGAAAAGCAGGUAAUUGUUUUGGGAUUUUUUUAAAUAAAUCGUUUCGAUGCUCUAUAUGAAUUCAAAUCAAUAAUAAUAAGCUCAUGCUUAUUAAUAGUUGACCAUAAGAUCAAACUCUUUUUUGAAUUUAUUAAAUAUCUUUCGUCAGACAUCACAUACACUUUUAAAACUAUAACAUUUUCAUGCAAAUCACAUUAUUUAUUGGAUACUAACGAAAUCUCGACUUGAGAAGGAUCUUAGUUUGUUUUUAUUUUCUUAAAAAUUCGAACAGAAGUAAACAACAAAACUUACGCUCACCAGUUUAUGUUUUUAUAUAUUUGAACACGUAAAUAUUGGUGCAAAGGGGUACAGAAUACAUAUGCGCCACACAAGUCACAUUAGCUCCAGGAUCCUAAGGGAACAAAUGGUGUACGCUCACCAGACUUUGUAUAUAAUUACAGUGUAUCAGUAUUAUUAUCUUCAUCUUUAGUUUAGAUUCUGAUCUUAAUUUUUAUGCAAAUUAUAAAAUGUUGUUAAACGUAAAAAAGAAUGAUAAUUCAAUGCAGCGUGAUUAGUUGUAAUCAUUCUGAUGAAUAGAAACCAGACAUCAUUGAUUACUUGUAAGGUUGUAUUGAAAAGUUUAAUUCAUUGGAAAUAUAAAUUUUUAGUAAUAUGCUUACAAAAACUAUGAAUGAAAUUCAUAUGAUAAGACUAAUAAAAGAGAAGGGUGAUUUUAAUAAACCAUCCAAGUAUAGGUAACCAAUAAAAUAAUUAUUCUGAUAAAAAUCAACAUAUUUGAUAUCAGAAUACAAGUAGAGAACUAGCUAACUUUAAAUCAAACUGAUCUAUCAGAAAAUAAAUAGAAGAAAUAUCACCGAUUAUUAAAUAAUUAGAGAAGGGUUUUGGUGAAUAUUGUAGUAAUUUAAUAGUUGAAUUCAUGAAUGAACUAAGGCUAGACUAUCACGGAAAACGUAGAAGCGCUGGACGGCCGUUUCGUCUUAGUACGGGACUUCUUAGCAGAGCACAUCUACGACCCCGCCUCUCAAAAUUCGAAACCAGGACUUAUCAGUCUCACGCGCGAGCAUAUAACCACUAGACCACUAAACUGGCCGGUAUCCAACAGUGUUAAUGUCUAACUUCAACUAAUCCACUAAGUUGCGCCACCGUCCAACAUUGUCAUCAGUGAGUUACUAUCUCAUAUUUAUUAAUAACAAUAAUAAUAAUGAUAAAUCCUAUUAUUAUUUAUAAAUAACCCUCCAGAAUCUUUUAACUUGUCAGAUAAACAAAAACUAUAAGUAAACACAUUUCAAUCAUUAAAAUAUAAACAAAAAAACCGUAUGACAACUUCGAUAUAAUCUCAGUAACAGUGAAUUGAUAACAAUAUUCAUUUGUUAUUUUAUUUAUUUAGUAAUAGCUAACCAUAUUUAUUUACUAAAUGUUAUGUUUUUAUAUAGUAAUAUGUAAAUC